ACAAUCAAAAUGGCCCGUACCAAGCAAACUGCCCGCAAAUCCACAGGUGGAAAGGCUCCAAGGAAGCAGCUAGCCACCAAGGCUGCUAGAAAGUCAGCUCCGGCUACUGGAGGAGUGAAGAAGCCUCACCGUUUCAGGCCAGGAACUGUGGCUCUCAGAGAAAUCAGGAAGUACCAGAAGUCUACCGAGUUGUUGAUCAGGAAGCUCCCGUUUCAGAGGCUUGUGAGGGAAAUUGCACAGGAUUUCAAGACAGAUCUGAGGUUCCAGAGCAGUGCUGUUGCUGCUCUACAAGAGGCUGCUGAGGCAUACCUCGUUGGACUCUUUGAAGACACCAAUCUCUGUGCAAUUCAUGCUAAGAGGGUUACCAUCAUGCCAAAGGAUAUCCAGCUUGCUAGGAGGAUUCGUGGAGAGAGGGCUUAGGAUGAAGCUUUUUUAUAGUUAUGGUUAAUUUUGUGUUUUGUGUUAGGGCUUUGUUUUGAUCUUGUGUUGAAUGGUAGUGUUGGUGAUGUAAAUCGAAUGACUUGUUUCAAUCCAAGUACAAGUAAACCUCUGGUUUGGUACUAUUUUGAAGUCGUCUUAUUAAUGAAUUGUGUAGUUCCAUUUCGUUUCAA